AUGGGGAAACCCCGCUUACAUAUUUGUCGUAAGACAUGGAAAUCGACUCGACGUUCUCGGACUGUGGGCGGCAAGAUCGCGAGCAUCCUGACACAGGCGGAAGCCGACUACGAAUCAACGAGGCAAGCAGCUUCAGAAGAGGAUGGGUCAACCCAGAGCUCCAAGCAGAAACCUCGACGACGCUUAUUCCGAGUAUCAGUGCACAGCUCCCCUUCCUCCGAUGCAUCCAGACAGCGUGUCGCAUCUGUACACAACGUCGCUCGGCCUCUCGUCCGCCGUGGUACCGCCUCGCCGGUGCUCUCACCUAUUGCCGUCGACACUAAUGUGAACCCACUGGACGCCAAUCCGAGAUUCGACCAUCGCCUGUUCCCGAGAAGCGUGCUUCGCCUUGAUGCCUUCCUCGGGGAAUGGCUCUCGCCCGCUUAUUUUGAGACCAUAACCCCGCCCCCAUCCACAUCCGUCAUGCUUAGCUCAGCCAAGGCCGAUCUUCUCAAGAGAGAAGAUUACUCCAAAUAUUCAGAUCCGGGCCUCCGACCCAAACCCGUAACAACCAAGAGCAAGAAUCAGCUCCUCGCUAGCGCAUUAUCCGACGCUGCGCAACCUCAUGCCCAACCUCCUCCGGUGGGAUACAUCGCCCCCGUUCCGCACUAUGCCAUCACUAAUAACUGCAAAAUUCCGGACGGAUAUGUCGCCCACGCCCGCGAUGCCUGCUCUACGGUUGACUAUCCUUGGGACUCCACCGGGCCCCCUCUAGCCUUUGGGGACGGUGGGAUGUAUGGGGAAGAGUGGACGGCCAUGCACAAGCGGUUCCGAAAGGGCCUUCAAGAGCUAGUGGACUGGUAUGCUAGCUGCGACAACCCCGGCGAGUUGAAGUGGAGCUUCUCCUCCGAUGCGGCUCCCCAACAGAAACAGGGCUUUGGACGCGAGGAUGAUGUGGAAGAAGAGUCCGUCGUGAUCCUUGUUUCUCACGGCGCUGGCUGCAACGCGUUGAUCGGCGCAAUUACCCAUCAGCCUGCGCUUAUGGACGUCGGCGUUGCGUCAAUCACCAUGGCGGUGCGCAAACCGGACGGGUACCAGCCUGCAGAGGCGGAGUGGAGAGACGCUCCAAGAAGCCCGGCUACAACACCCAGGACCACGCCUCCGGUACAUGAAGCGUACGACCUUAAGAUGACAGCGAGUUCGGAGCAUCUGAGGGGGCCCGUUACCCCGCUUCCCUAA